AUGAAGACGUUUUCUAUAUUUUUUUCAGCAUCCCUUUUUGGGCACGCUGCCCUUGCUACGAAGCUUUAUGCGGCAUCGUACGCCGGUCUUGUUACCUCGUUGGACUUUUCCGAGUCCAAUGAGCUAUCUACCCUCUCCCAGACAACAGAGUGCGGCAGCAGCCCAUCCUGGCUGAUGCUGGAUAGUCCCAAUAGUGUCUUGUAUUGCCUCGACGAAGCAAUUGGUGCUUCCAAUGGCACUAUAACCGCCCUGAGAACUCAUCCAGAUGGGACACUGACCAAGCUUGCGCAACUGAAGACUCCCGCCGGCCCUGUCAUGUCAGCCAUGUACUCUGCACCCGAGAUGCCGAAUCGCAAGUUCUUUGCUGUGGCACACUACUCCGGAUCUUCUGUCUCGACGUAUUCAGUGGACCCUGUCCUGGGACUUUUCAAGCAUGAACAAACCUUCACAUACCAGAUGACCGCUCCUGGUCCGGUCGCUUCUCGCCAAGAUGCCCCCCAUCCCCAUGGAGUAGUUGUCGACCCUACCGGACGCUUUGUCCUUGUACCCGACCUUGGAGCCGAUGUUGUCCGCGUCUUCCAGGUCAACUCGUUGACUGGUCUUCUUGGACCGAUCGAGCCACUGGCCGUGAACCCAGGAUCUGGACCCAGGCAUGGCGUGUUUUGGACCCCCCGCGGAUCGAACAGCACAUCAUCAGAUGUCUACUUCUACCUUGUGCAGGAGCUGAGCAACGAGUUGAGUGGGUUCCGGGUCACAUAUUCAGGCAACGGAAUUUCCUUCCGCAAAAUCUACGAGGGAAGUACCUAUGGUGAUGGAUAUUCUCCUGCUGGCUCCAAGGCCGCUGAGAUUGCAAUCUCGCCUGAAAACAAUCAUAUCAUGGUCUCCAACCGUCUCGACAACACAUUCGGCCCAAAUGAAGACUCCUUCGCCGUAUACAUGUGCGCUGACGCCAGUGGAAAAGAGACUGAGAAGGUUUCUUUCCUCGGAUUGUACCCAGCCUAUGGCUCCUCCCCUCGCCACUUCAGCAUCGCAGGUACCCAGACUAUGGUUGCGGUGGCAUUGGAAAGCAGCCAAAGUGUUGCCGUGGCUCAGUGGGACAAGCGUUCCGGGGCUCCCGGAACCCUUCUUGCAGAAAAGAAGCUGGAUGGAGAAAUUCCCUCUGUUAUCUGGGAUCUCUAA